UUGUCGACGUCUGUGAACAGAGUGCUGAAACGUUACUCACUCUUAAUAACUUCAUUAUGGCUGCGUGUGUGUGUGUGUGUGUGUGUGUGUGUGUGUGUGUGUGUGUGUGUGUGUGUGUGUGUGUGUGUGUAAUGUUGGAGCAGAUUGUUGUGGAAAUCGUAGGUUUGUUUGAAUAUUCACAGUUUCCAUAUGUUAUUCAGUAAGAAGAAAUAAAGCAAGACUCACGUCUCCUCGGUCGUAGAUGAAGGAGUCGACGGUCUGUUGAUGUUUAAACUGAUUCAGCUGUGACGUGUAAAUGUUGUACAGUGGUCGUCCACGCCACCUGAGCACAACCUAAAGCAUGCGGCCCUCGUGAUGUUUACAUGGCAACAUUAUGACAUCGUUGUGACAACCUUUAGCAACAACGUAGAAUCCUCAACCUUUUUGCAAGACAGAGAAACUCCUGCUGAAGCGACUGAGCUCCACUAUUAUAAAGAUGGCCUUUAUUAAAGAGGAGAGUGAAGACCUGAAGAUUGAGGAAACAUUCAGAGUCAAACAUCAAGAUCCUGAGCAGCUAACAGACCUGCUUCCGCUGAAAGAGGAGAGUCAAGAACUGGGUGAGAAAAACCACCCACACUGUGUCUUCACGAACGAGGAGAGAUGCACACCGACUGUAGAGAAAACACCUGAGCAAACCAACCCCAGCAGCUCUGUCAGCUGUCGGCAGUGUGGGAGACGCUUUGGUGGACGGCAGAGCCUUAAAGCACACCUGAAGAUCCACAGCGGAGAGAAGCCGUUCAGCUGUGACCAAUGCGGGAAGAGCUUCAGCAAGAAAAUAAACCUGAAGGUCCACAUCCGGAUCCACACCGGAGAGAAACCCUACAGCUGUGAUCAGUGCGGGAAGAGCUUCAGGUGUCGAGACGCGCUGACCUGCCACCGGAGGAUCCACUCGGAGCGCUGUGUGAAGUGUGCGGAGUGUGGGAAGAGCUUCCCCGACAGCACCUGCAUGAGGAAUCACCUGAUGGUUCACUCCGGAGAGAAACCCUUCAGGUGCAGAUGUGGGAAGAGUUUCAGAUUCAGCAAGAACCUGAAGACCCACAUGCGGAUCCACAGCGGGGAGCGGCCGUUCGUCUGCUGCGUCUGCGGGAAGAGCUUCUGCCAUAAAGCAGGGCUGAAGAACCACUCGAGGAUACACAGCGGGGAGCGGCCGUUCGGCUGUGGUGAGUGCGGGAAGAGAUUCGCUUAUAAAGCCACUCUGAGCGCGCACGAGAGCGCGGCGCACCGCGGAGAGAGCCCUCACGCCUGCCGGCACUGCGGGAAGAGCUUCAGCCAGAAGGGCAAUCUGAAGACACACAUGAGGAUCCACAGUGGAGAGAUGCCCUUUGAGUGUGUGCAGUGCGGGAAGAGCUUCAGACGCAAGGAGACGCUGAACACACACGCACACACUCACACCGGAGAGAGUCCGCACACAUGCAAACUCUGCGGGAAGAGCUUCUCUCGGAAGGGCAAUCUGAAGACGCACAUGCGGAUCCACAGCGGGGAGAAACCCUUCAUCUGUGCACACUGCGGACAGAGCUUCGGCCGCAAGGAGACGCACAAUUACCACAUGAAGACCCACUCCAGCGAGAACCGCUUCAUCUGCCUGCAGUGUGGGAAGAGUUUCCCUGAUAAAGAGGAGCUGAAGAGGCAUAAAGCAGCUCACGCCGGAGAUCAACCGCGUCAGACUUCAGAUCUCCGUGAUCAGACUUUAGAGAAGGCGUUCAGCUGCCAGCAGUGCGGGAAGAGCUUCACAGUCAAAGGAAACCUGCGGACGCACAUGCGGGUCCACACCGGGGAGAAGCCCUUCAUCUGUCCUCACUGCGGGAAGAGCUUCACGGUCAAGGCUAACCUCCAGACGCACAUGAGGGUCCACACCGGGGAGAAGCCCUACAGCUGUCCGCAGUGCGGGAGGAGUUUCGCUUACCACAGGGACAUGAAGCGGCACUCACAGACACACUCACCCAAGAAAACUGAGGUCUGAGGGGUGUGUAGGUGCUCAAGAUUUUUAGCUAUCCUCAUAUAUACCGGUGUUACCCUUGUGUUUCACUUGUGCCUAGUUCACACUACAGGACUGGUUACAGUCUUUAUGUGUGAACUAACGAAUGACGCAUAGCAACACCUCGCAGAUGAAAUCCAAUAUCUAGCAUGCGAGAUAUUGCAGACCAGUCACAGACUAGACACCACAUGGGGUCAGAUGUAGUGACAAGUCAAUGAGAGAGCAGGUCAUGAUCUAAUUGGCCGUUGUGUUCAGGAGCUCAACAGAAAUGUCAGUGAUUGGCCAGAAUGGGCAUCAAUGCACUGGCUUCACCCUGCAUUGACAUGAGAGCAUGUUAAAGCCACGUCUAUCAGCUGAACUGUGCAGAAAUAUGAGUU